UCACUUGUUGAUUACAUCUUCAUGGCACACUACCCAUAUGUCUCGGAAGCCAAUAUAGAGACAAUGGCUGCACACUUGGGAAGUUUCCAUGCCCAUAAGGGGAUUUUCGUUCAGAGUGGCAUGAGGGGAGCAAAAGAACACCUUAGAAUCCCAAAGUUGCAUGCUCUUGUCCAUUAUAUUGAAAACUCAUACCAACUUGGUGUUCCUGACAACUUCUCUACUGAAACUCCUGAAUCACUGCAUAUCCAGAUGUGCAAAAACCCAUAUAAAGCAUCUAAUUGA